AUGCAUUGUUCCGAUUCAGACAAACGAAGUCUAUGGUCUCGAAAGAUCAUUCUUUCUCUUGACGGCGGUGGCAUCAGGGGGUACUCGUCUGUCCUGAUACUCAAACGCCUCAUGUAUGUCAUCGAGCAAAUCGAAUGUGGCGAGAUAGACGCUUGGUCUGAAACGAUGAGAACUCCCGUCGAUAUCUACGACCUGGAUGUGGAGAAAGAGAACCGAUUUGUCCAAGCAUCCGACAAGUCCGAGUCAUCAGACUCUGUUCAAGGACAAUACUACAAGCUAGCGGAUGAGUUGAAGAACACUUUCGAACACAAAAGUACAAACUUCAAGCCAUGCCACUAUUUCGAUUACAUCGUGGGAACCAGCACAGGAGGGUUGACUGCGAUCAUGCUGGCGCGGCUGAAUUUGGACGUUGAAUCAUGCUUUGAAAUAUAUGACUCAGUAGGAAGCCAGGUGUUUGGCCGCCCACGCAUGUUUCCGAAAAUGACAAUGUACGCCUGCCUCCUGUGCCGCAAGUAUUCUUCCACCGGAAUGCAGCAGGCAAUAGAAGAGGUUAUCGAGACCUACCUCGAAGACGAACUGAGACAACAGAGGAAGACGACAGAGAAUGUAGCGUUCAGCUCCGAUCCUCAGCGUUGUAGAUGCGUCGCGGUGUCAAAUGUAGAGCACCUGAAACAACCCUACGUCUCCAAUCCGUACCUCUUUCGAACAUACGACCAUAUCAAUCCUUAUUGGGGAAACAAGGACAAUACACCGCCCGCAAAUCCUGGCCAUGCCAACAAGGAACCGAUAUGGUCUGUCGAUGGAAACAAAAUCUACAGGGACGGCGGGAUCGGAGCGAACAACCCAGUCGAGGUGGCUCUGACUGAAGUCCGCCAGAUGCACGAGCAGAGCCCACUUCUUCUCCUUUCUGUCGGCACCGGAAAGCCACCGGAAGACUCGGAUCUUCCACGUAAGGUGCGCAGUGCUGCACUCGCAUGGCUUGAUGCUGCCAGUCUGCUCCAACGGCCGUCCAGGGAGUCAGAGGAGGCCCACCAACGCAUGGCCCAGGAGCUGUCUGAAAUGCCGGAAUCAGACGAAAAGCUCAUAUACCAUCGUCUCAGCGUCGACCAACAUCUCCAUUCCAUUUUGCUCGACGAAUGGCAACCAAAGCACAAUGGAAUGAUGACGAAGGAGAUAAUGAAGUUUUACACUCUGGCGUACCUCGCAAGGCCUGAGGUUGAUCGAUCCAUUCGAGAAUGCGCUAGAGAAUUGGUGCGUAUACGUCGUGGGCGGGCCAUGACCGAUAGGUGGGAGUCAUACGCCUGCAACUUCGUGUAUCGUUGCCCGGAAGACAGCUGCACGCAAAAUAGCAGGGUAUUCUCUGAGCGAAGAGAUCUCCGUCGCCAUGCCACCGAAGCUCAUCGCUAUGUUCUCGACAUACCGACAAGUCCACAAGAUGGUGCCACUGCUACCAAUGUUUGUCACCUCGACGACUGUCUGCACAAUGGCGUCCAUGUGUUUUCGAGCAGGGAAGCCUACAUGGCCCAUCUGGAAGAAACCCAUGGCAUCCAGGUCCAAAAUAUACGAACAAGACAAAACCUCGAAGCUUGGCUUGAUUGCGGCCGAAUGACGCGAGAGGAGCUCUUCCAGGAGGAGAAACUCUAG